CUCAAUUCAUUGUGUGAAAAAAAAAAAAAAAACUCUAUCCUUAAUUUACUUUGCUUUCUUGAAUUCUUGAAACCUUACCAAAAAAGAAAGAUAAUAUGAAGAGAGAACGAUCUGAGUUCGAAGAUUCCAUCAAGAAUCUAGACAUUGCUAAAUGUCUAAUGAUACUAUCACAAACCUCCUCCAUGGUCAAACAUAUUGGUGUAAACCAAUAUACCGAGAGAAAUACAAGUAACCGGUUCGAAUGCAAAACGUGUAACAAGAGAUUCUCUUCGUUUCAAGCCCUUGGUGGACACCGUGCAAGCCAUAAGAAGCCAAAGCUAACGGUUGACCAGAAAGAAGUGAAACAUCUUACCAGCAAUUAUAAGGGGACACAUGCGCACGAAUGUUCGAUAUGCGGUCAGAGUUUUGGGACUGGACAGGCUUUAGGCGGUCACAUGAGACGGCAUAGGUCAACAAGCAUCACGGUGGAGCCAUCUCAGCUUAUCUCUCCCGUGAUUUCUAACGUGCCGGUUCUGAAACGAUGCAGUAGUAGCAAGAGGGUUUUGUCUUUGGAUUUGAAUCUAACUCCCUUAGAGAAUGAUCUUGAAAUACUUUUUGGGAAGACGUUUUUUCCUAACAUAGAUAUGAAGUUUGUUGUUUAGUUUUCUUUUUCUUUCUUUUUGUUCUGUUCAUCAAUUAGGUUAUUGAAAUUCUUUUGUAUUGUAAUUCUCCCCUUCUUUAAAUCAAUUAUUUCAAAUGUUAUGCUCAUUGUUGGUUGUCAUGACUCAUGUAUGUAUGGGAAAAAGUUGGCUGGAUUUUCUCAAUUCCAGCGACGAGUAUAAAGUCUUACUGGGCCAAAAGUUGGGCUCAACUAUGCCAAACAAGGAAUGAGAAACAUGUACUGUCCACCCAAAUAGCAAUGAUAAAAUAUUGAUUCGUUACACAAAUUUGUUUUUUUUUUUGUUC